AUGGAGCAGCAGGUCCUCCAUCUCCUGCAAGCGACGACCCGACCAGAUACAUCCGUCAUUAGAGAUGCCGAGCAAGGGCUUCUUCGGCUUUACCCCCAGGCAGAGUUUCCUUUUGCGCUCCUGACGAUUGCUUCGCACAAUGAUGUCGAGCCCAGCUCUCGCAAGGCUGCAUUGACAGCUUUAAAGAACUACGUCUCGGCCACGUGGUCGCCGCAGUUUGACGAGACCUUUGCAGGAAACGUGUAUCUCAAUGACGAGGCAAAGUCCAGCGUCCGUGACCGGGUCUUCGCCAUCUGCACGCUUGCAGGCGAGGAAGCACCCAAGGACGCAAGUAUCCAGGCGCUAGCAGCGGGUGUCGCCAGCAAAAUUGCCAGUGUUGACUUUCCCGAUGCGUGGCCCUCGCUGCUACCCUCUCUACUCACAAUCCUGAAUACCUCGACAGAUGAUGCGCCGAUCCACGGCACGUUACGCGUCCUCUCCGAACUGGUUGACGAGGGCUUGACAGACGAACAGUUUUUCUUGGUUGCCCGAGAUCUCGUCAAUGCCUUACAGCACGUUGCGGUUGAUAACUCUCGCAGUCUGAUAGUGAGAGCCAUGACUCUCAAUGUCUUCAGAGCUUGUUUUGAGAUGCUGGAGAUGGUUAUGGCCGAUCACGGAGCGGCAGUGAAGGCCUUUCUGAACGAGUCGCUGAAGGCGUGGAUGCCGUUCUUUAUGGAAACGCUGAAGCAGCCGCUGGACCCUACGAUGAAACCUGAUGACGCAUCAUUCCGGGGCAUUGUCGCCCUAAAAGUUCAGGUUGUAAAGGUCUAUGCGCAGGCUCUCUCUCCAGAUGUGUUGGCACUGUUCCAGAUCGUCUGGGAGGAAUUGGACAGGGUUGCUGCGAUCUAUGCUCAACUCUAUAUCGACGGCACUGCCGAAGGCAAACUCGUCGACAGCGACAAUCUACCUUGUAGUCUGGACGCCCUUGUUCUUGAAGAACUCGACUUUUUACAAGUUACUAUUCGAGCCCCGUCCGUACGCAAAGAGCUUACCGCGCAGAUGCAGCAACUCGGCGAAGCGCAACACACGGCACCCUGGCUACAAGAACUGAUCCGCGUUCUGGUCCUGUAUGCCCGGGUUCCGAAGGAGGAAGAAGGCUUAUGGGAAUACGACUCCAACUUGUAUCUCUGCGAAGCAACAUCACUCACAGCAAAUUACACGCCGCGGGCGGCAUGUGCGGAGCUGGCAGUGCGGAGCUUGGGCGAAUGGCUGAAGCAGACUCCCAUAGCGGCAAUGUUGUUUUUCAAGCAGCAGAACCUGUCGGGCCAGACAUCAGCUUGGAAAGAACGCGAAGCACUUGUCUAUCUCCUGAACCAAUGCCUUAAAGACAUCGACGAAACCGAUGGGAAGCUUACUCCUCAAAAUUCUUCUGCGGUGGUCGAGGGACUUUCAGAUACACUCCAACACCCAAAUCCCUUUAUGCGGGCGGCAGGGCAAAUGGCCGCAGCGUGCUUCUUCAAGGUUGCCAGCGGCGAAGAGUUCCUCGCCGCCGGCGCUGUCGCGUUCACGAAUGCUGUGACGGCCUCGUCGAUGGACGAAUCCGACCUCGUUAAAGUCGCCUGCCUCAGCAUUCUUCACGACUACAUCGAAGCCCUUUCACCGUCCGUGACACGGCCGAUGCAAAAUGCAGUGAUCAAUGUGGUGGGCGAAUACAUCUCCUCACAUGACCUUCGCGAUGAGCUCGAAGACGCGGACGACGUCAAAGCUGCGUUGAUCCAACUCCUGCGUGACGCCAUCAUGCUGGAUACAUCCACGAUAACUAGUGAAGGGAAUAAUGCCAUUGACUUGUUCUUCACACUGGCAUCAGACGGGGCGUCAAAUUUCCAACUCUUCACCCUCCUCACUGAGGCUUUUGAAUCGAUCGUCUCAUCGGUGUCUUUGUCUGGGCAAGAACCGUAUGUGCGAUUGUGCGCAAAGACCAUCCCAUCCCUAACGGGUGCAUUCGACAUCGCCAACAUGACUCAGGAAUCUGCAUUGACGAAUCUCGCGGCGGAACUCGUCUCUGCACUCGCCGAGUUUGGAUCCGACCCUCUACCUACUGGCUUCGUGCAAGCUGUGAUGCCAAAGCUACAACGAGUACUUAUGGAAGCUGUUGAGCCUGAGCUUGUGCGCCCAGCCACCUUGGCACUUAACCACAUGCUGUCCAAAGGUACACAGCAGUUCUUGUCCUGGACGGACUCUCAGGGGAAGUCUUCGGUCGAAGUGACACUGACCAUCAUAAAUCGCCUGCUCAACUCCCCCGAUGUAGACGAGAAUGCGGGUCAAGAGGUCGGUGGGCUUGCGUCAGUAUUGGUCACCAAGUUCGGAGCAGACAAGCUCGGACCAUACCUGAUGGAUCUGCUGCGAGCGGUAGCUAUUCGCCUGGCCACGGCGGAGAGAAUACAAUUUAUCCAGAGCCUGUGUAUGGUUUUCGUGGGGCUCUCCCUGGCGGCUCCAAAGGAAGUUAUGGAUUUUCUGAACGAGGUCAACAUCAACGGCUCUAACGGGCUGAAUGUGGUCUUGACAAAGUGGCUUGAGAAUUCUGUGCACUUUGCCGGGUUCGACGAGGUGAGACAGAACGUGGUAGCGCUGUCGAAGAUCUUUGCACUGCACGAUCCCAGAGUCCACGCCGUGAGUGUCAAGGGGGAUCUGAUCGUGGAUCCUCGGUCAAGCGGACGCAUCAAGACGAGAUCACAGGCCAAGCUGAACCCCGAUCAAUGGACGCAAGUCCCGGCCGAUCUGAAGAUUUUGAAGAUCAUGGUCGACGAGCUCGCCAAUGCCGCGACCUCGAGAUUUCCCAAUCUGGCGGCCGCUCAAGCCGCCGCUCAGGGGCUGGAUGAAGAGGACGAAGACGCAGAAGACGCCGAUGACUGGGAGGACGUCGGCUCGGCGGGCGCCAUUGACCUGGCCAGUGCGAGCGUGCGCAACGAGCUGAUGGCCCUCGUGGGGAUUUCUGGCGACGGCACCGACGACCGAGACCUCAGUCCCACGGGGUCCCGAGCCCGAGACGAAGAGACGGUCGACUACUUGUUGCAGUGGUUCAAGAACGAGGCCGGCCACGACGGGUUCGCCGCCUUGUUUGAACUGCUGAAUGAAGACGAGAAGAGCAAGUUGAGGGAAUUGGUCGCGUGA